AAGGGGGAUCGAUCUUCGAUCAGGAAGAUGGCUGCUGGCUGGCUGCUGCUCUUUAGCCUGACACUUUUCCACUCCGUGGUGAUGAACCACUCCUCGGAGGGACCCUUCCCCUCGGCCACCACGAUAAAAGCAUGGGUGGAUAAGAUGCAAGAAGAUCUCGUGACGCUCGCACGAACUGCAAGCGGAGUGGACCGGCUUGCUGAAAUUUAUUUGAAAAAUGCAGCAAUGUAUACUGUAGAAGCAAACAACCCUCGUCAGCUAGUGGAAAUUGCAGCCAGAGACAUUGAAAAACUUCUAAGUAACAGGUCUAAAGCCUUGGUGCGCCUUGCUAAAGAAGCAGAGAAGUACCAGGCAUCGCAUCAGUGGAGGGAUGAGUUUGGGAAUAAUGAUAUAAUCUAUUACAAUGCAAAAGACGAUCAGAAUGAUCCUGAAAAGAAUGAAACUGAAUCUGGCAGCCAGAGAAUCAGACCAGUAUUUGAAGACGAUCCUGUUUUCCGACGGCAAACGUCUUACCAACAUGCAGCAGUCCACAUACCAACAGAUAUUUAUGAAGGCUCAACAAUCGUGUUAAACGAACUCAACUGGACGGCAGCGCUGGAUGAUGUGUUCAAGAGGAACAGGGAGGAGGACCCCACGUUAUUAUGGCAGGUUUUUGGCAGUGCCACUGGCCUCGCAAGAUAUUACCCAGCUUCCCCAUGGGUAGAUAAAAGUCGAACUCCUAACAAAAUAGAUCUGUAUGAUGUACGCAGAAGACCAUGGUAUAUCCAAGGAGCAGCAUCUCCUAAAGACAUGCUUAUUUUAGUGGAUGCGAGUGGGAGUGUCAGUGGGUUGACAUUGAAGCUGAUCCGCACGUCAGUCAUUGAGAUGUUGGAGACCUUGUCUGACGAUGACUUUGUGAAUGUAGUUUCUUUCAAUAAUAAUGCUCAGAACGUCAGUUGCUUUAAUCAUCUUGUCCAAGCUAAUGUGAGGAACAAGAAGAAACUGAAAGAAGCUGUUUAUAAAAUCUCUGCUAAAGGAAUUACAGAUUACAAAAAAGGCUUUAGCUAUGCUUUUGAACAGCUGCUAAAUCACAGUGUCUCCAGAGCUAACUGCAAUAAGAUUAUUAUGCUGUUUACAGAUGGUGGUGAAGAAAGAGCACAAGAAAUUUUCCACAAAUAUAAUGAAGACAAAAAAGUACGUGUGUUCACAUUUUCUGUUGGCCAACAUAAUUAUGACAAAGGACCCAUACAGUGGAUGGCCUGUGAAAAUAAAGGUUAUUAUUAUGAAAUCCCAUCUAUUGGAGCCAUAAGAAUAAACACCCAGGAAUAUCUGGAUGUUUUGGGAAGACCAAUGGUUUUAGCUGGAGAGCAAGCCAAACAAGUCCAAUGGACAAAUGUCUAUCUGGAUGCUCUGGAGCUGGGCCUUGUGAUUACAGGAACUCUGCCUGUCUUCAAUCUAACAAGGGAACAAAAUGGGAAAAUUAAUCAGCUGAUUCUUGGAGUAAUGGGGGUCGAUGUCUCUUUGGAGGACAUUAAAAAACUGACACCCCGAUUUACGCUUUGUCCAAAUGGAUACUAUUUUGCAAUUGAUCCUAAUGGGUAUGUGCUACUCCAUCCAAAUCUCCAGCCAAAGCAAAUUGGUGUGGGCAUACCAAAAGUUAAAUUGAGAAAAAGGAGACCCAAUGUACAGAAUCCUAAAUCCCAGGAACCUGUUACGCUGGAUUUUCUAGAUGCUGAAUUGGAAAAUGAUAUUAAAGUUGAGAUUCGGAAAAAAAUGAUAGAUGGAGAAAGUGGAGAAAAAACAUUUGAAACACUGGUCAAGUCCCAAGAUGAGAGGUAUAUUGAUAAAGGAAACAGAACGUAUACCUGGACUGCUGUGAAUGGCACUGAUUACAGUUUGGCACUGGUGUUACCAUCAUACAGCUUUUAUUAUAUUAAAGCCAAAAUAGAUGAACCUAUAACUCAAGCCAGAUUUACAGAAUCACUGAAGCUUGAUCGUUUUGAUGAAACUGGCUAUACAUUUUUAGCACCAAGAGAAUACUGUAACGAUGUAAAAAAAUCAGAAAACAACACUGAAUUUCUAUUAAAUUUCAAUGAAUUUAUUGACAGAAAUACUCCAAGCAGUUCAUCAUGUAAUACUGACAUGAUCAUGAGAGUUUUGCUGGAUGCAGGAUUCACAAUUGAACUUGUCCAAAAUUAUUGGAGUAAAUUGUCGCUCGAUGGAGUUGUUGCACAAUUUGUUGUUACAGAUGGUGGAAUUACUAGAGUGUUCCCCAAAAGGGCAGGAGAAGAUUGGUUGGAAAAUGCUGAAACUUAUGAAGUCAGCUUCUAUAAGAGGAGUUUAGAUAAUGACAACUAUAUUUUCACAGCUCCAUACUACAACAAAAGUGGUGCCAAUAGCUAUGAAUCAGGUAUUAUGGUAAGCAAGGCUGUGGAAAUACAAGUUGAUGGGAAACUUCUGAAGCCAGCAGUUGUUGGAAUAAAAAUUGAUGCAACCAGCUGGAUGGAAAAUUUCACAAAAACCACAAUCAAGAGCCUGUGCAACAGUGAAAUCUGUGGCUGUGAAAGAAAUAGCAUGCAUGUGGACUGUGUUAUCCUUGAUGAUGGUGGAUUUCUUUUGAUGUCCAAUCGAGAUGAAUAUACACAACAGAUUGGAAGAUUCUUUGGUGAAAUUGAUCCUGGCCUGAUGCGAAACCUGAUUAACAUGUCCCUGUAUGCCUUUAACAAGUCUUACGACUAUCAGUCAGUCUGUGAUCCCGAAGAAGAACCAAAGCAAGGAGCUGGACUUCGUUCUGCUUAUGUGCCUACAAUAACAGAUAUUUUGCAGCUUGGAUGGUGGGCUUCAGCAGCAGCCUGGUCUAUCUUACAGCAGCUGUUUUUGAGCUUGACUUUUCCACGGUUCCUUGAAGCAGCUGAUAUGGAAGAUGAUGAUUUCGGUGCUGCCCUGCCUAAAACAAGCUGUAUCACUGAGCAAACUCAAUAUUUCUUUGAAAACAAUGAUAAAUCCUUUGGUGGGAUUGUAGACUGUAUAAACUGCUCCAGACUUUAUCAUGCAGAGAAGAUUUCAAACACCAAUCUAGUGUUCAUUAUUAGUGACAGCCAACUGCUGUGCCGUUCCUGUGACCCAAAGCCACUGAUGCAAGCAGAGAAGCCGGAUGAAGGGCCAAAUCCAUGUGAAAUGGUCAAACAACCUAGAUACAGAAAGGGUCCCGAAAUCUGUUUUGAUGAAGCCAAACAGGAUCAGCCUAUAUGCACAACGAGUCGUGCCUCUGCCAUGAUGUCCGCUCCUAUCUUCAUUUUUCUGCAAGUUUUCAUGUGGUGUGGAUGGAAGAUUCGGCUGACUGCGGUGGGGCCUCUGGUCUGAGUCCAUCACUGUGGUCUAUGGUAGCAAUUCAGUUGGUCCUGCUUUGGCUCUUAUCUGGCAGCAGACACUGCCAGUUAUGACCUUGCUAAACCAAAACCUGCAUAACUUAAUCAAGACCUGGCCAAAACGAUAGCCUCAGUUUCAUUGUUGAAAGGGUCAGCUCGUGCGACAGCAGCAGAACAGCCGUGCUCGUGUCUGGUUAUCACGCGUUGCGAGACUCAUCGAGGCACCACGAUGCCUGCAUGUUGGAGUGUCAGAUCCUUAACCGUGUGUGAAUGCUGCAUCAUCUACGCCAUCCCAACAGAUUUCUGUACCUGCCCCGCUGGGGAAAGCUAAAACCUUUUGUUUAUUCAUUUGUUUGUUGUUGUAAUCUUGAUGACUUCAUGUAAAAGGGCUCCCCUAACAAUAGCUUAGGUAUAUGAUUUUAAUUUCUUUUAAGCUUUGGAUAUCUUGAAGAUCUAUAUUCUUUUACAUGAACAGUUGUUUAAAAACCAAAAAGAAACAUACAAAGGAAAACGUUCUCCCCAAUAUACAUUACUAGCACCACAAUGUCUGCUUUUAACAUUUCUUUUGUCCAAACUUGUUGAGUAAAAUGAAAAUACUGGCCAGUCUUCACCAGAAGUUCAGCAUGAUUGGAAUGCUUUAUGAUGAGUGGUUAAUUUUCCAAAAUUAAUCCUACAGCCAGCUAAGCUUUGGUAGGUUGAUAUUGUAUGUAGAAAGGAGGGAAGGGAGAAAACUACUGUGUUUCAAAAUACAAUGGUACUGGAGAGUGUAACUAAAAAAUAGAUUUUCAUCUUAAACUUGGUGUAAUCUUCAUCAGAAAAAAAUUGUUAAUUUCAAUGUAAUAUUCACCUCCUUUUCACAAUACAGUUACAUAUAAAGCUAAUAGAAAUUCUUCAAAGGCUGAAACAAAAAUGCUUGUGAAUAAAAAAUGUCUUUGUGAUAUUUGAAUGUUGGUUUCCAGGGGUAUUUUGCAUGAUGAUGAUGCUAAGUUAUUGUUUUUAAGUUUGUUUUCUUUGAUGGUAGAGUAUAGUUCAUUGAAAAGAUAACAGAGUGAUUCUUGUAUUGUGUGAGAAAUUAAACAUUGCAAUGUGUUGCAAUCAAAUCAUAUUACAUUAUAUUAUCAAACAGAGCUCUGAAUAUACUGUGCAAUGAAAAAGCUGAGAAAAUAGGGUAAAUAUAGCUAUUGUAACAAAAGGGUUGAGGUGGAUUUUUUACAGAAUAGCGAUCUCACAUGAAAACCUGUGUACAGAUAUUUUAAGAAUAUAAAAAUCAGAUUUAACACAUUUAUUUUUUUGGAAGUAUAUGUUCUCUAAAGUUCAUAUCAGGUUCCCCCUUUGUUUCCUUCAUAUAAACCCACCCAUAAUAUUAAAACUUAUGCUGUUGCUAUUUAUUAUUGAAAAUAGCAUAUUUAACAGCAAAAUGACCUGAUUGCUGCGAUUAGAAAAAAUAUAAACAAAUGGGGAGCCUUGAAUCUAUAUGUAUGCACAUUGAUACUUGAUUGUGAAUAAUAACUCUAGAAGUUGUUUUUAUACAACCUCAUUGGUGAUACAGGUUGGUGCAGUAAAUUACAAUAUUACAGUGUAGCAUAGUGUUGAUGCAAAAUAUGAUUUGCGCUUUUUUUUCUAGUUUUCAGAACUAAACAGUAUUGCAAGACAGCUAAACCAAUGAAUGUGCAACUCUGCCGGUAUUGUACAGUUCUGCUAACAACUGCAAUAUGCAAAUAUUAAUAUGGCACAAUACACUAGCUCAUUAAAAAAAAUGCAAAUCAUCAGUAUGUAUAUGCUGGCAAUUGAUUGAUAUAAUUUUGAUCAUGCCAAAAGCUUAAGAAAAUGAUUGGGCAUGCAUUAAUAUCCUAUGAAAACUGAAGAAGCUACUCAAAGCCAUGGCAUGGCUUGAACGAUGAGACGUCUACAGUAAUUGUACUCAUGGCUGGUUCAUUGUUUUUCAUGUACCUUGGCUCCAGCUAUGUAUUUUCUCAUGUUUGGAAAUACAGUGAGUGAAAAACAGAAAUCCUGACCUUUUGUUCAGUGAUAAAAUCUAGAUUUAAAAAGAAAAUAUACCUAGUAAUUUAAUGGGGUUAAAAGUACAAUUAACUGUUCUGGAUGACCUCAGGUCCUCCUCAGGGAAGGUGAGCUAAUGUUGAUGAUAAGGGUGAAGAUAAACUUGGAGCUCUUCCUUCUAGUCAUAGUGCUGUAGUUCUGUUCACUCUAGCACCAGUUACCACCUGAUAAAAAAAAUUGUUUGAGUGUUUCUAAUGCCAAGACUGCAUCCAGUGAUUUUCCUUAAUGUGGUCAGUUGACAUUUUAUGGGAGGAGCAAGUUUUCUAGGAUUAGGCCAAUAAUUACUGCACUCACUGCUUUUACUCUGAGGUUACUUUAAAUACUCGUUGGUUUGAGUUGUGCUCUUUUAAUUUCAUGUUACUAUAAUAAGUUCUCUAUAGUUUUCACUUAACUUCCCAAAAGAAACCCUUCAUGGACAAGUUGUACUGUUUAAAACACUUUGCCUUUGCUGGUAGGCCAUGUUCAGAGUUACUCAAUAAGUGCUUGAUUAGAGUUUGUUGGAAGAAAGAAAGAUGGCACAAAUUCAUGCUGCCACAGGAAACAUCUGUGGCUUUUGCUCUCAUCCCACUUCCCUUAGAGUACUCAGAUGCAAAAGGAGGGAGAAGCCCAUGCCAUGCAGACACACAGCCCUCCUGGAUGAUCCAAAGAAGGAAAUGUCCUUUGUUCCUCUCCUUCACCCCUCUAUAUGACUGAAGAAACGUGUUUCUAUAUAAACAUUUAGCCUUCCAGCUAACAUUAUAAUGCUCUAUAUGAUUCCCAUCUUAUUAAUACUUUAGAAAGUAGUGUGAAAUUAUAUAUUAGAAUAUAUUCAAGUGAUUUUCAAGACUUUUUUUUAAAUACCUCAAUAUCUGCAAAAUGAAAAACAUAGACCAAAAAUGCAAUCUGAACUUUAGCUAUCUCAAAUACCAGUCUGACAGAAAUAACUCACACAAAUAAACACAAAUGAACAAAUUCUCAUGCAGAAGAGUAUCCUUAUUCUCACAGUGCAUCAUAGUCAUCUUCUCUUGUCUUUGAAAGGAGAAGCUUGAUCCUAAAAUUUAAAUUAUUUAAAAAUAUGAUAUACUGUAAAAAGCUGUUUUUUUUAAAGUCAGAUAAAAGGCUCUGUCAAUGGUUGCUCAACUCCUUUAAAUAGUGCAAAGGGAACGGUUGGGACUGGUUCAGUUCACUCAGAAGUUGUGCAGUGUAUUGUACAUCUGACAAGUAACCACCAGUAAAGUUGUUACAGCAUGGAACUGUGCAAAACAUAAUCUGAGGACUUAACAUGAAAGGUUUCUUUCUAGUUUUUUUUUUCUUUUAAACAACCAGCAUUACUGCCGAAACACUGACCGUGGUCCAUAUUUGUAACAGGUUUUUAACAUGACAUAGCAGGUCUGAUUGACAAGAUUUUUAGGUCCUGUACCUUUAAGACUUUAGUAUGAUCUUUUUCAUGUUUCUAAUGCUUGAGGCUUUACUGCUUAACUUGACAAAAACAACAGUGUUGCUGCCAUUUGUAAGUUUUCCUACAAUAUUCCUUUUAUUAACUUAAAACCUGGCCUUACUGGUUUCAAAUAGGCAGUAUCCCUUUUAAGUGACCUUUGCAACCCAAGUGUUACUUGCUGUGGUUGAGAGCUUUUUGCUGUCACUGAAGAGACAUUAAGACUUUUUUUCCCAUUAACACAUAACAAACAUGCUUAGUAUGACUUAAUUCCAAAACACGACCUCAAUACCACUGAUCCAAAAAUUCAGAUGCUAGCACACUGGUUGUUAAGAAAUAUAUUAAUGCCUGCAAGGCAUUGCAAUGCACUCGGGUGUUUUUGGAAUGUCAACCUAAGGUGAAAUCUUAAUAACUCCUUUCUUAGGAUAAAUUUUACCCUAACUUCAUCAGACAUCCAAGCCUUUAACAAAGGCCACAUUUAUUAUUAUUUUGUUCAUACCACAAUGUUAAUAUUGUUAAUACUCAUUGUACACUAUUGUAAAAAGAUUAAAACAAAGCAUCUGAAUGCAAUUCAAGACUUUUGAAAAGUUAGCCUCACCCUGUUCACAGCUACUUGCAUCUGUCCUGUUUAUGGUUUAAAAGAAAAACAUCAUCUUGAAGAAAUAUUUCAUUGAGGCUAAAGGGAUACUGUCUUGUUCAGAUGCCAUGAAAUUGCGAUUGUGAUCUGACAAAGCUGUUUUCUCUUCUUGUGUUGUAUGGAAUGUCUGGAUCAUGCUUUCUGGGAUAUUUUUAUUGAAAUGCUCAGUGUACGUUUCUGCAAAAAAAGACUUGGUUGCUCUUACGAGGCAAGCAGGUCUUUCUCCCUUUUCUUGUGUUCUCUUGACACUUUUGUGGAACUUGACAAGCCUGGAAAAAUAAUUUUUUGUAAAAAUUUGUACAAUAAUGUUAUAAAAAGUUUAUAAUCCUAGAACUGUUGUGUUAAUUAUUGUGCAAAAACAGUAUAUUCAGAAUAAAAGUUUAUCAUUUAAAAUCA